AUGGAUGGAGAAGGUAGUGCCAACCUUGUGAGUAACAAAAGGUUUGUGUCUGAAGUGGAAAUAGAAGAGCUGCGCAAGCGAAGGCAGGAAGAAUGGGAGAACGUUUGGAAAUCUGAAGACCCUGAAGACUAUGAAAGGCUCCAGGAGCGGAACGACAAGAAGCAGCAGGAGUUUGAGGAGCAGUUCAAGUUCAAAAACAUGGUCAGAGGCCUAGACGAAGAAGAGACCAAGUUUCUCGAUGAGCUUUCUCGGCAGCAAGCGUUAAUAGAGAAGCAGAGGAUCUCAAGGAGCUGA